AUGCUGUCAGAAGGGUAUCUCAGUGGACUUGCCUACUGGAACGACAUUCAUUGGAACUGUGCAUCUUAUAAUGAACCCGUCACUGGAGAACAAGGCAAGGAGACAAGUUCUGUUGCUGCUCUUUCCUAUUCCUCUGUGAAUGAAACACAGGUCCAAAGUGUUUAUGUGAGCUGCAAAUCCUCCAGCAAGUUCAUCUCAUCAGUGCACGCGAGAGGGAGUCAACACAGCAGAAGCCAGAGCAGAACAGUGCUGCAAACAAACCCCAACCCUGUAUUUGAAAGUCCAACCUUGGCCACAGUUGACAUUUGCAGAGAAGCCAUCAGAGAGACCUAUUUGGUUCCACCUUCUUGCAAAAGUAUUUGCAAAAAUUACAAUGACUUACAUAUUGCGGGAGGACAGGUGAUGGCCAUUAACUCAGUAAUGGCAGAUUUCCCCUCAGAGAGCAGCUUUGAAGAUGGCCCUUUGCUGAGGUCAUCUGAGAUUCCUUUGCCCAUGGAGGACUCCAUUUCCAUUCAGCCCACUGAAUUUCCCCUCAAACCCAUUCAGCGGUACUCAUCCUACUGGAGAAUAACCAGCAUCAAAGAGAAAAGCAGCCUGCAAAUGCAGAAGCCUAUUUCAAAUGCAGUGCUCAACGAGUAUCUGGAGCAGAAGGUGGUGGAGUUAUAUAAGCAAUACAUUAUGGACAAUGUGUUUCAUGACAGUUCUCCUACCCAGAUUCUGGCGUCAGAACCCAUCAUGACAAACGUGGACCAAAUCAGUCUUCAAGUUUCUAGAGAGAAGAAUCUGGACACCUCAAAAGUCAAGGACAUAGUUAUUAGCCACUUACUGCAGUUGGUCUCAUCGGAGAUCAGCACCCCUAGUCUCCAUAUUUCUCAGUAUAGUAGUAUAACACCAUAGAGAAGAUUCCUGUCAGUUCCUCUCGUUCCUAUCAAUCCCUAAGCAAUACUGUAUUCAUUUAUUCAGAGGAUGUGAGCGAGGGAAUAAUGGAAGGGAAUUAAGGGCUAGUGAAGGAGUGUUUGAGAAAUCUCAUACUACUCCCCAUGCUGAAGGAAUACAGGAAGAGGAACC